CUAAAAAAUUUCAACCUAGCGGAAUCUUCCAUCAAAGUUGCUAUCUCGAGAAGAUAAUAUCACUCAUGUAACCUAUCGUGAGAUGAAGACAACAUUAGUAGGACUAACUUACAUUAAUUGUAAAAAAAAAGGCUCUUGUCGAUUGGUCGAGAGAAAUUUUAACAAAAUAUGAUAGCAGUGCUUCGAAACACGUCUAUUACAUCGUGACAGGUGAUAAAUCGUGGAUUUACGCGUUUGAGCCUGAAAGUAAACAUCAGUCGAUGGUAUAGGUGUUUCAAGAGUCCAACAAAACUUAUUCACGUUUUUGGGUUUGGCGCAACCAUACUCGUACCACUGGAACAACGCAGAACAGUAAAUUCUGAGUGGAAUGCAACCAUUUAUUUGCCAGUUGUCUUGUUUUGGAGAUACCACAAUCAGAGUGGCAAAACCGCUUUGACAAUUGGUUCAAACAAUAAAACAAUUUUCGAUUACUAAAAUUUAAGUUUGUUAUCGAAUCCUGAUAUUGAAAAGGCAACUUAAGUAUAUGUACCUUAGUUUACAACAACAAUUAACAUUUAUGUACCCAGGCUUAUGCAAAUAUUCAACCACCCAGGUAACCUAGUAACGCCAUUUCUACACCUGAACAAGAAACCAAAACAAACAGAAUAAAAUGAGUUGGGGGAAAUCAAUUCAAGCGAUAAAAUGGACCCGUUAACAGAAAAUUUACUCUGGGAGGAUAAAGAAAUUAGAUUUGACACACCAAAUGUACAAAAGCAUCUGCGUAAAGGUGAAAAGGUUUUGGACACUAUUUAUCAUAUUGAAGACACCAAAGGUAAUCCCAGCGACACUGGACGCCUUUUAGCCACGAAUCUACGUCUUGUUUGGCAUUCCUUAUCACAUAAAAAAUAUAAUUUGUCUAUCGGCUAUGGUCGAUUUGUCAACACUAAUACGCGCUCGGUGGUAUCGAAAGCUGGUGCGCCAACGCAAGCUCUCUACAUAUUGGCAACCGGAAGUAAUACACGGUUUGAGUUCCUAUUCACCGAUAUCUCUGGUGAUACGGCACGCAGGGAUGCACCCAUUUUUCAAAGCAUUUUCGAGAUCUAUCAAUUAUAUCAACGCACAUACUUGUAUAGAGACCUAAAACUACGUGGCGCAAUUAUAUUAUCGGGUCAAUUGAUAAUCAUGCCGGAUGAGUUAGUCUACAACAACAUCAACGGCGUAUGGAAUUUGUCCAGCGAUCAAGGCAAUUUGGGCUCGUUUGUACUUACCAAUAUACGUUUGGUGUGGUUUGCUGAUGCGAAUCAUACGUUCAAUAUUAGUUUGCCCUAUUUACAAAUAUCAAACAUACGCAUACGGGAAUCAAAAUAUGGACCGGCGCUUGUGAUACAAACUGCAGAAACUGGUGGCGGCUAUGUUCUCGGUUUUCGCAUAGAUCCCGUUGAGCGCCUAAAUGAAAUCUACAAGGAACUCAUUUCAUUACAUGCUAUUUAUACGGAGAAUCCGAAUUUCGGCGUGCGUUAUGACUCUAUGGAUGCCAAAAAACGUUUGGAGAAAAUGAAAGAGGCAGAGGAGUUCAAGACCGAAGAGUUUCAAGAGAUCGACGAACGCCAAGAACGCGAAGUCAACACAAAACUUAACACCUAUUUGGCAGAGGGUAUGGCGGUAGCCGGCACUGAAGCACCAGUACGGGAACCAGUAUAUUGUAAGGAGUUGGGCUUUGCAAUGGAACGCAUUCGGGAUGGGUAUAAAUUGCAGGAUUUAUGGGAUGUGUUGCCGAGAGUAGAGGGACAAUAAUAUGCGAAUAAGUAGUGUUGCGAUUUCACUUAAAAUUAAUUUAAAAAAAUGCACAAAUUAGACUAGUAUUUUAUUGAACCGCU